AUGGAAGAGGGUUUGGAUGUGGAUUAUUUAGAAGAAAUGACACAUAUCUUAGGGCAGAACAUUGAAGGUGGUUCUGAAAUGUUUGAGAGCUUGAGUAAUGAUGCAAAGACAGCGGUGUACCAUGGCUGUACUAAAUUUAGCAAAUUAUCUGUCGUGCUAAAGCUUUAUAACCUGAAAGCACGUGGUGGAGUGCCCGAUGAUAUUUUAACAAGCUUUCUUAAAUUGGUGAAAGAGAUGCUGCCUGCCGAGAAUGUGCUUCCUGAUCGAAAUUAUGAGGCAAGGAAGAUGUUAAGCUCCGUCGGCAUGGUACCCAAAUUUAGACACCUAUUUAGCAUUGCAGAAGAGGCAAAGAAAUUGACAUGGCAUGCAGAUGAGAGAUUGAAAGAUGGUUUACUUAGACACCCAGCCGAUUCUCCACAAUGGAUCAAGAUUGACAAUGACUUUGAAGAUUUUGGGAGUGAAGAUAGAAAUUUGCAUCUCGCCCUUGCUGCUGAUGGGAUGAAUCCUUUUGGCCCAAAACAACCGGGAAACGACAUAGAUGUGUAUUUGGCACCAUUAAUUGAAGAUUUAAAGAUGAUGUGGGAUUCGGGUAUACAAGUUUUUGAUGCUCAUCGCAAUGAGAAUUUUAAUCUGAAAGCCUUGCUUUAUGGAACAAUAAACGAUUUUCCAGCAUAUGGAAAUUUAGCGGGAUAUAGCGUUAAUGGAUAUGAGGCGUGCCCUAUUUGUGAGGAGAAUACAUUCUCACCUUACUUGAAUUUUUCUCAUAAGAAUGUCUACCCGGGAUUUCGCAAAUUUUUUCCUAUUGACCAUCAAUAUCGAAGGUGGAAAAAAGCUUUUAAUGGGGAAACUGAAGAAGGUACUCCUCCAGUGCCGCCAUCAGGAGAUGAAAUACUUCAGAAAAUGCAGAAGUUGGAUGUUAAUCUUGGGAAGUUAAAUGCAAAAAAUGUUCCCAGUACCGGGCACAAAAAGUUGUCAAUAUUCUUUGACCUUCUGUACUGGAGGACAUUGCAUGUGAGACACUUCCUUGAUGUCAUCCAUAUUGAGAAAAACGUUUGUGAAAGUCUUAUAAGUACUUUACUUAAUGUGCCUGGUAAGACUAGAGAUGGGGAGGCUGCUAGACUAGACUUGGUUGACUUGGAGAUUAGAGCAGAAUUGGCACCAAUCAAGCGUAAUAGUCGUACAUAUAUGCCACAAGCGUGCUAUACUCUAUCUAGAAAGGAGAAAAUUUCUUUUUGUGAGUGUCUUUAUGGAGUUAAGGUUCCCGAGGGUUAUUCUUCUAACAUAAAAACACUUGUAUCAAUGAAAAACUUGAAGCUAAUUGGCUUAAAGUCACAUGAUUACCACAUUCUUAUGGAGCAUCUUCUUCCGGUAGCUAUUCGAUCCAUUCUGCCAGAACCUGUCCGAAAUGCUAUCACAAAACUUUGCAUUUUCUUUAGCGAGAUCUGUAGCAAAGAAAUUGAUCCUUUAAAGUUGAGUGAUUUGCAAAGGGACCUUGUUAUUACUUUGUGUCAGUUGGAAAUGUUUUUUCCGCCAUCAUUUUUUGACAUUAUGAUACAUUUGACUGUACAUUUGGUUAGAGAAGUUCAGCUAUGUGGACCUGCUUAUUUGAGAUACAUGUAUGCCGUUGAGAGAUUUAUGAAAAUACUGAAGGGAUAUGUCCACAGUGGAAGUCGACCAGAAGGUUGCAUUGUUGAACGCACCUUGAUUGAAGAAGCUCUUGAGUUUUGUAUUCACUAUCUUUCUAAUGUCGAUGCAAUACGACUUCCAAAGCCUAGGGAUCCCGGAGGGUUUCAAGGAAAGGGGAUUGUUGGAAAAAAAAUGGUGUCUUUAUCUCAUGAACAGUGGCAUCAAGCACACUUAUAUGUCCUUCACAAUAGUACAGAGGUUGAUCCGUACGUGAAAGAACACAUGUUGUUUUUGACAGGCUUACAUCCACGCAAGAGUAAACAAUGGAUAGCGGAGAAACACAAUCGCUCUUUCAUUGAGUGGCUGCGAGUUCGAAUUUAUGAUGAAUUAGCUAAGUCACCCUUAUCUAUUUCUGACAUAUUGAAAUGGCUUUCUCGAGGUCCUUGUUUUGAGGUUAUGUCAUAUUCUGGUUAUAAAAUAAAUAGCUAUACAUUUUACACAAAGGAUAGAGACAAGGAGACAACCAUGAAAAACAAUGGGGUAGCUGUGUUGGCAGAAGUUAUGCACAUCUCUAGUGCGAAAGAUAAAAAUCCAAUCUAUGCAAAGAUGACUUAUUAUGGAGUGAUUCCACACAUAUGA